AUGGCCUUUCUCCGCUUCUUUCCACAACCACUCAAUUCAUUAUUUUCCACUGAAUUCCCUCAUCAUCAUCACCGUCUUUCCUAUCCUCAACAACAUCGCCUCAAUUUUCCCGACGUAAAAACCACCGCGCUCUCAGAUUCUGAUCCUUCUAGAACCUUACUUGAUUCUAGUAAAGCUCAUGUGUUUGAUGCUGUUCCUCUUUUAUCUUCCUCCCAGACCUAUGAAAGGAUGAAAGCAUUCCGAGAAAAUAUAAAGGGAAAGCAGCAAUACCUUGCCAUGUAUUCUAGUAUUUUUGGUGGGAUAACAACUGAUCCAGCAGUUAUGGUUAUUCCUAUGGAUGACCACAUGGUCCAUAGGGGCCAUGGUGUCUUUGAUACUGCAGCAAUAAUGGACGGGUAUCUGUACGAGCUAGAUCAACAUCUUGAUCGCUUUUUAAAUUCAGCAUCAAGAUCGAAAAUAGAUCCCCCGUUUGAUCGUGAAAGUAUUCGAAGAAUUCUCAUACAAACUGUUAGCGCGUCCAAAUGUCGAAAUGGGUCGCUACGAUACUGGCUAUCAGCAGGACCUGGUGACUUUAACCUCUCUCCCUCUGGCUGCCACCAGUCAGUGCUUUAUGCAAUUGUAAUACAGGACAUGUCACCGGCAGCGGACGCAGUUAAGUCUAGAGGAGUUAAAGUCAUUACUUCAUCUAUUCCAAUAAAACAUCCCAAGUUUGCAAUCACUAAGAGUGUGAAUUACCUUCCAAAUGUGCUUUCAAAGAUGGAAGCGGAAGAAGCGGGUGCUUUUGCAGGGAUUUGGCUUGACGAUGAAGGUUUUGUUGCUGAAGGGCCUAAUAUGAAUGUGGCUUUUGUCACUAAAGAGAAGGAACUUAUAACGCCUCACUUCGACAAAAUUCUAAGUGGGUGUACAGCUAAGAGAGUUUUAACCCUUGCUGAGCGUUUGAUCGAGCAGGGUAAGCUUCGGGGGAUAAAAAAGAAAAAUGUGACCGUCGAGGAAGGGAAGAAAGCAGAUGAAAUGAUGCUUCUUGGUAGCGGAGUCCUAGUUUGCCCUGUAGUUCAGUGGGAUGAGAAGAUUUUUGGAGAUGGCAAAGAAGGUGAUAUAACACAGAAUCUCUUAAAUCUAAUUGUUGAAGACAUGAAAUCAUCUCCAUCUGUUCGUACAUUUGUUCUAUAUUAA